AGAGAUUUGUGGUUUACGAAGUUUCCUGUUCCAUGCACUAUUUGAUAUUUAUAUUUUACCAGUUGGCACAACUUGAGUCCUUCUUCUUCCUAACCUAAGGGCUAGUGGAAAAGUAAUUUUGCAACUGCUGAAUUAUCCAGUUGUUAUCAGCGGCUUAUUAAAAAAAAUGUCUUUAAAUUCUCUUGCUAAUGAGAGUGAUAAAAACGAACAUAAAAACGAUACUGAUUUAGAAAUACCUAUGGACUUUUCUAUUAAACAUCCUUUACAAAACGCUUGGACUUUAUGGUAUUAUGAAAGUGACAGGACCCAAUCAUGGGAAAAAAAUCAAAAAGAAAUCGCGUCCUUCCAAACUGUUGAAGAUUUUUGGAGCCUUUAUAAUCACAUUAAGCCUUCAAGUGAAUUGAAACAAGGUACAGACUAUUCUCUGUUUAAAAAAGGUAUAAUGCCCAUGUGGGAAGACAAAGCAAACAAACGAGGAGGCAGAUGGUUGCUCAGUUUAGAAAGGAAACAAAGAGUUAAUGAACUAGAUCGAUAUUGGUUAGAUAUAAUUUUGUGCUUGAUUGGUGAAGCUUUCGAACAUUCUGACGAGAUUUGCGGAGCUGUAGUGAAUAUUAGACAAAAGGGUGAUAAAAUAGGGGUUUGGACUGCUGAUGCUGGUAACGGUACUGCAGUUUUGGAAAUCGGAAGGAAACUAAAGGAAAGGCUUCACAUACCACCUAGAGUUAUGUUGGGUUAUCAGCUACAUAAAGAUACAAUUGAGAAAACUGGAUCAGUUUCAAAAUAUUCUUAUACUGUAUAAAUUAUAUAUUCGACGUUUUUAUAUGGAAAUUUAACAAUGAAUUCGGGUUGAUGUGAUAUUAUUCGUUAUAAAUAAUUUGAUGUGGUAGCUGCUGGAAAUUAUAAAGCUGAUGGUGUAAAACACGUUGAUUUUUGAUAGUUUUGACGUGUUUAAACUUUUAAGCUUCCACUUUUUGAUAUCGAAUUAUUUUAUAGCUAAUGUCGCAUCUGAAUAAGUUUUCAUUCAAAUCUGCGUGUUUAACUAGUAAUGUUACAGUCAUAGUUCAUUUUCAAAUUGUAGCUCAUUAAUUUCAUUUUUUUUUUUCAUUAUUUUCAUUUAUUAUUAUUCAUAUUACAAGAAUUUCUAAUUA